UCUCAAGGUGAAGCAUUCCAUUUAAUGGCAUGGAGCCGCAUACAUGCAUGAUGCAUCUAUUUUACACACCAGAAUAGAAUACAGGUAAAAUAGAUAUCAAUGUAACUUUUUAAGUUUUGCGUAUCAUAAUGACGAUAUGGGUCAGUGAUUUUACCUCGUUGUUUCCCAAUGUCUACAGAAUGAUUCAAAUUUUAAAAUUCAUAAUUAUAUUUAAUUCAUUGACCAACAAGGACAUAUGUAUGCUUACGAAAUCAUGCUAAUAUCCAUUUCCACACGUAGUCUUUAAAUAUUAAAUAUUGCGUAAUAUGAGGAUGACCUUAAAGUUAAAAUUAAAGUGUGGUGACAUAAUUCGAAACUUUAAUAAGAAUCAGAAUCCAGAGUUUGAGAAGAAUGGCGGCGGUGAUUGACCUUUGCUCCGCUUUUCACAAAUUUUCACUCGCGUCUUACUUUUGCCCUGCCCUUCAGCUUGGCCGUUAGUUCGUUCCCUUCCUUCGCCCUUGCCACACUCCUUCCACUUUCUCAAAUUCUUUGCGUUUCAAUUUUUAAUUUCUUAAUUUUAAUUCAUCCAAAUUUUAGCAUUAUUAACUAAAAAGCAUUUAAUUGCAGAGUCAUUUUUAGCAAUCCAUUUCUGCGCAAGAUGGGAUUCCUUACGGAAUAUGCGAAAAGUGGUCGUUCUGUAUGUCGUGGAUGUCACGGUCCAAUUACAAAGGGUACACUUCGACUGGCCAACUUGGUCCAGGCUAGUCGUCACAGCGGAAUGGAUGCUCAUUGGUUCCAUGUCUCCUGUUUCUUCAAGAAGCAUAAAAAUGUUACUCAAGCUGAGAUUGGAAAGUUUGAUGAGUUGAAAUCAGAAGACCAACAACUCCUCGCAAAAUGUUUUGGUGGUCAAAUUCCAGAAACUGUUACUGCAGGACCCGUGGAAAGGGAAGUGAUUGAGAAUUCUGGGGAAUUUAGUGUCGAAUAUGCAAAAUCUAAUAAGAGCCACUGCAUCUCUUGUGAGGGACGGAUCGUAAAAGACGAAGUUCGCAUUUCACAAAAGGAUUACACAUCGCAGAGAGCAAAACGCCUUCCAAUGGGAUGUUUGGAUCGUUGGCACCAUGUUGAUUGUUUUACUGCAAAUCGUCUUAACUUACGGUUUUACAAUAACGCGAACAGCAUUAGCGGAAUUUCGUGGCUGAAAAAGGAAGAUUUGGAAAUGCUUGUCAGCAAAUUACCAAGCCUUCAGGAACCAGAAAAUCUUCCGGAGCAGGAAAAUAUUAAUGCGUUGUGUCUUCCAAAAAUGGACAAGUUGCCCUUGCUCAAUCUCAAGUUCUUAAUCUCGGACACCUUGACACUUGCCCAGAUUGGUGAAGUAAGAACCAAAAUUGAACAGUUUGGAGGAAAAGUGGUGACUCGUUUGGGAGUUGGAUUAUCUGCAAUAUUUGCAACACAAGCCGAAGUGGAAUCCAUGACCAGUAAACGGAUCACCUUUGCUCAAGAGAACAAAAUUCCUAUACUUUCUCCAGCUUUUGUGAGUGACUUGACCACCGUUGGAUUCGAAUUUGAUAUUGUUGCAAAAAAGUAUCUUUUGAGCUACUGGAUCUGCACAUACCCGUCAUCGUGUAGCUCGAGACACGCGCAAGUAGCGUUUUCAGAUCAUAUUCCGGGUAGCGGAGAGAGAGAGAAAGUUGUCAGUCUCACUCCAGUUACGGACCAGACUAGACGAGGGGGUGGACAGACGGCUACUUUAUGCCUCCACUUGGCUCAACUUUAAACUCCAAUAGAAUCCCAAGUUUCAACGACAAGUGCAACAAUCCCAGUGACCUUUGACUGUAGUCGCGAGUGCAGGAAUUUAUAACAAAUUGGCCAUGAAACUAAUAAAAUUAUUUCAAUAAGCAAGAGCAAUAAUAAGCUGCUUUGUAUUUAUAUACUUGUAUAGUUUUUGGGGAGUCGAAACGGACGGACGGAAUAAAUAAUCGAGUGAACUUUAAUACCCCGUUGUGAUUCGAUUAAGUUGGACUGGAAGGAGUGCACCGACAUGUAAUAUGUAAGCAGUCUGGAAUGCUUGACUGGAUGGAGUGUACGUUUCAGAGUGAACUGCAUGAAUACUUUCACUCUCGUCUCACACGAAGAACAGAAUCAAUUCUCGUCGGGGUAAU